GCUAUGCUCUAUGAGAUUUUCAACUCGGUGGGCCCCGUGGCCUCCAUCCGCGUUUGCCGGGACAGCGUGUCCCGAAAGUCGUUAGGCUAUGGUUAUGUGAAUUUCCACAACGUGUCCGAUGCCGAGCGAGCCUUGGACACCUUGAAUUACUCCAGCAUCAAAGGCCGCUCCUGCCGUAUCAUGUGGAGUCAGCGAGACCCCAGCCUCCGCAAGAGCGGUGCGGGUAACAUUUACGUGAAGAACCUGGAUAAGAACAUUGACAACAAGGCUCUCUACGACACCUUCAGCCUGUUCGGAAACAUUCUCUCGUGCAAGGUGGCAACUGACCCAACUGGAAACUCUUACGGCUACGGCUUUGUCCAUUACGAGACGGAGGAGGCUGCUAAGCAGGCCAUCGAGAAGGUGGAUGGCAUGAUGAUUGGCGAGAGAACGGUGCAG